UAGAACGCUGAGUGCGGUUUCGGCAAUUGUUGGUGACGAACGUUUCAGCGCGUAACAGCUGUGCGUGUUGUACGUUUUCCCCCUAAAAAGUGUUAAGCGUUUUUAAUGCGAAAGAAAAUAAAUAAAAAAAAUCUUAAAAUUCUUUUAAAGCGAGUGCGCUUGUACGGGCGGAUUGAACUGACGUGUUACGCGCGCGUGACGCUUAAAACGAUUCACGAUUAAGAAGAAAAUACAUAAAUAAAUAAUAGGAUUUCCAAAUUAACGCAUACAUACAUAUAAUAUAUAGUUGUUCUUCGUAUACUUCGUAAAUACAUAUAUACAUAUUGUUGUUGUUUUUGUGCACAGGAGUAUACAACAUUUAGUUUAUAAACACAACAAUCAACUUUUUCAGUCUCGUUAUAAGCGGCGCGUUUUAUACACAGGCAGACAGACAUAAAAAAAACUAUAAGAACGAACUCGUGCUCUCACGUAGUCGACACAUUUUGAUUUUAAUUCGAAUUAAAUUAAGCAAAUUGCGAGUUUAUGAGGCGGCGGAGGGCGGCGUUGAUUUGUUGCUGCCCGACUUGAGACUUUAGGCAAAAUUUUGUUGAGCCGAGACUUCAAACAGUCUCUAUGUAUGCCACGGAACGGAAGUGCUUAGGGCGUGUUAAGUGUAGUGGAAUAUAGAGUGCGGUGUUAUAAACUACGCCAGUGGACGACUUAAACUCCUCUGUAAUUACUAACUGCAGUGAAAAAGGACAUAAAAAGCUUUGUUAGUCUUCUAUUUAUAGCAGAGACAUAUACAUACAUUUGUACAGAAAUGAAAGCACACCUUGUCUGCGAGUCGUCAUAAAAUAUAGUGCAACGAUCCCAUUCGCAUGCAAAUGUAUUAGUGUGCCUGAGCGCGUGUGUGUGUGUUAAGGUCCUCGCAGUGUAAUAGCAGCGACAUCAGCUGCAGCUAAACAGACAACAGAAAACGGAAGCGGAAACUUUUUUGUUGUUGCUUUUGUCGGUAGAACAGUUGCGUUAAAUAGUUGCAGACAAAGAAAACACAGCCAAAGAUCGACCGACUAUUUCAUGCCCACAUAACCUGUGCCUUCUCGCGUAAACUCGACGAGCUCGAAUAAAUAAUAAUACUCAGUGGUGUUACGAAAGCAUCAAACAAAAACAUACAAACACAUAUUGAAAUACACACACACACACACAUAUAUAUAUAAACAACAAUAAGGCUGAUAAAACUGUUGAUGACGUUGCUCUUUAGGCUUUAAAUUUGCCACAUUUUUGUUGCAUCGAUAAAUGAAAAUCGAUUUUUCAGCGCACAGCAAACAACACAGCCUACACGAGAAAAAAAAAUAUAUAAGUGUAAGUAAAGAAGAAGUGUAACAAAAAACGAGCGCCUCAGCAAAAUACUUUAACGAAUUCUCUGAAUAUUUUACAUUCUAUAUAUUACAUACAAACGUACGCUAUACGUCUAUACGAAGUGUAAUACGCGAAACAGCCCAUGUGUUGUUUAUUCAGAAACUUUAAUGUGCGCCUCAACUCGUUGACCUUUUGUGCAGCGAAUUAGUUAACGGCGGUAACGAAGUGGCAGUGGAGUUGAGUUGCCAACCACCCGCACACAGGCCUUCGUCAUGCUCUUAACGAAUUUACCUCAACAAUUUGAUUGAGCAUACAGCAAUAAGAAAACAAGGAACAACAACAAUAACAAUCGACACAACGGAAAGGUAGCCAGCAGUGUUGGCGCAACAACAAAAAUAGUAAAUAAAUCGAAUUGCACUCAUCAUCAAACAACAAAUGAGUUUCAUAAUCGAAAGCGGCAACGCGACAGCAGUGAAUACAAUAUCAGCAACAACAACUAUAGAAGGUGAAACCCCAGUAGAUGACUCGGACUUUGACGGCAGCAACAACGGUGAACAACCUUUGCAGCAGACUCGCCUACCUCGACCCACACGUACCUCACCACCUCCGCCGAAACCCCCGAAACCUUCGAAGCUGACAAAGUGCCAUAGCCACGAUCAUCAUCAGUUGCAAAAUUUACUGCAUGACAAUAUCGGGAAUUGCCAGCAUCACGAGAAUACACAAAGCAAUCACGUGCGUGUGAGGCAACAACAACAACCUCAGCAGGCUCAGCAACAACAGCAACAAGGCAAGCAUCAACAUCAGAAUCAGCAUCAUCAUCUACAUCAACAUCAACAACAUCAUCAUAAGCACAGUCAUAGUCACCAUCACCAUCAAGAUCUUCAUCAGCACCAGCAGCAGCAGUAUCAGCAGCCGUCAAUAUCUCAGGAACAACAAAAACAGCUAGUUAGCGACAGCUUAAUGCCUUCACUCGAUAACUGUGUGCCGCCACCGCUACCACCGAAACCCAAAUCAUUAUUACAAAGCAAAGCGAAACAACAUCAACUGCUACAGCAACAAAAAUUAUUGCAGCAACAAUUGCAACAGCAAUUACAGCAACAGCUUAAAAAUGUGUUAAAACCACCAUCUUUGGUUAUAAUUGACCAACAGCAGCCGCAGCAGCAACAACAUUCCAAUGAUAACACGCAUCAACCACCGAAAUCACCGAAAUCACCAAAACCACCACCCUCACCACGUACCCCGAAAUCUCCCCUACCCUCACCUGCCCCACAUGCAGCUCACACGAAAGCCGUGAAAAAGGACACAGCGAAGGUGGAAACAUUACAAUUUCAUCAUUUUCGUCAUCACAAGUCGGCGCCCACAUUUGAUCUGUACUUUAAAUCACCGACAAACUCAUCAUGCACCACACCCCUCUCCAAGUCACGUCGCAACAGCUCAUACCAUUCGUAUGACGAUCUCGAUACGACGAGCGCUGAGAAGAAAGUUGUAUCGAGCUUGAAGUAUUUAUGCGCCUGCACGGGCGCCACGUUGCGUAAUCUCUCGAAGAAAACCAAAGAUUUGCAUGCGAAGAAUUACUGUUAUACGAAGCCCACGUGGCGUCUCUGGGGCGAGGAGCAUGAGAAGAAUGCCAUUUUCACGGUCUACCUUAAGAAGGUGCGCUAUCAUCGGCCGACACCAACGGCGAAUAAUGACUCGGACGAUGAAAUUAGCCACCUCGAGUGGGAAACUGUGCGAGUGCGCUUCGUAAAGGCGGCCACGUUGGCACGCCUUGUGGAGGCGUUAGCCACAGACGACGGUGAAUUAGAGUCGACAUUCAUUAAUGUUUUCCUCUCGACCUAUCGCACCUUCUCUUCACCGAAAGAGGUGCUCAGUCUGCUCAUACGACGCUAUGACACACUCAAUGAGAAACACUUGGAGGAGAUCGAAGAACAUCAACAACUCGAAGAUGUUGGCUACGAUCCAGCUGCUUCGAUACAUGAGCAACACAAGAAAACACUAGUCUCAGCAUUGCAUGUGUGGUUGGAUGGCUUUCCGGAGGAUUGGAAUGAGGAUAACCUGCGUCAGAUACUGGCUUUUGCCUCGAAGCGUCUGCCACGUUCAGAGUUGCAUUUGAAAGUGCUGCAUCGACUGGAGCGCAUACUGCGUCAGCAGGUGUAUGGCGAGUCGAGCGUGCCGCCAUGGUUGGCGGCGAGCAGUAUGGGCGCGCCGGGGAAUGGCAGUAAUAUAAAUAUGAGCUUGAGUGUUGGCAUGCUCCCGCAACACUAUAACUCUGACUACACAGAACAGUUUGCGGGACUGUGUUUAGCGCCUGCAUUUCGUGGGCCGACACAUUUCCUACAGGCGUUCCGCUUUCCACACGUGCCGGUGCGCCAUUUCGCCGAGCAGCUGACGCGUAUGGACUCGGAGUUGUUUAAGCGCUUGAUACCGCAUCAGUGUCUCGGAGCGACGUGGGCGCGACGCGACAAAAGCGGCUCGGAGACGGUCGUGGCCACCAUAAAUCAAUUCAAUGCUGUGCUUUUUCGGGUGAUUUCGAGCAUACUGAUUGAGCCGAGACUUAAGCCGCAGGAGCGUGCAUUGAAUAUUGCCACAUGGAUUGAUAUUGCACAAGAGCUGCGAUUGCUGAAAAAUUUCUCCUCACUGAAAGCAAUUAUUUCUGGACUGCAAUCGAAUCCAAUUUAUAGGCUUUCCAAAAUAUGGGCCGUGCUCCCGAAAGAGAAGAUGGAAAUUUUCAAUGAACUUGCCAGAAUAUUUUCGGAAGACAACAACGCUUGGGCGCAGCGCGAAGUACUCAUGCGUGAGGGCACUGCGAAAUUCGCCGACACGGUGGGUGAGCACGAUCGCCAUCUGCAGAAGAUCAUACAGAAACAAAGCACGCAGACGUCGCAUGGCACCAUACCUUACCUCGGCACCUUCCUCACCGACCUGACAAUGAUACACGCCGCCAUACCCGAUACGAUAGGCGAACACCAGCUCAUUAAUUUCGACAAGAAACGCAAAGAGUUUGAGGUGCUCGCACAGAUCAAACUGCUACAGGGUGCCGCCAACACAUACAACCUGCGCGAAGAUCCAAAUUUCGAUCGUUGGUUUGCCUCGGUGCUGGUAUUGGAUGAGCGAGAGGCGCAUACACUCUCCUGCCAACUCGAAUCACCACCGCCAGCUCCGCGCAAGUCCACCGCCUCCACGAAUACAUCGCUAACGAACACGACGAUUUCUUCGAGCUCGAUGGGUGGCGGUGGCGGUGGUGGCGUUGGUGGCAAUGGACAUCGGAAGACAGACUCGAUAGCGUCCAACUCGAGUAGUGGCGCAGGUUCACAGUUCUAUUGUGAGCUGAAUAACAGUUAUAGCUCGCACUAUAGCUCAAGGCAUAAUUCGCUCGAUCGUGACGCGCAAGCACCGAAUGCGUCUCUGCUUUCAGCGUCGAGCAGUGUUUCAAAUUUAUCGAUGGACUCGAGCAACUCGGGUGGACAGAAAUCGAAUACGCGCAUGACACACUCCCACUCGACGAAUGGCGUACGUGGCAGCACCGGCAGUGGUAGCCAUAACAAUACGCAACUUAACGUUGGCUCGCCCAUAAUCAAUGCGCAGCUCGUGCAGUCGCCCGGUGCUAAGACCAAUAACGCGCCUGAUUUCUACAUCAUCCGCGUGACAUAUGAGACGGAUAACAUCGAGCUGGAUGGCAUUGUGCUGUACAAGAGCAUUAUGCUGGGCAAUAACGAACGCACGCCACACGUCAUACGCAACGCGAUGAUGAAGCUCAGCCUCGAGGCUGAUCCCGACGACUACACGCUGGCGCAGGUGCUGCCCGACAAGGAGCUCGUGAUGCCGAAGAACGCUAAUGUGUAUUAUGCGGUGAAUACGAACUACAAUUUGAACUUCAUUUUGCGGCCGAAGAAGAAAGACGCCGGCAGUAAUGGGAGCUAGUGCAAGGGGGCGCUCAUAUUUCUGGCGUCGGACGUGUGGUGGUGCUUGGCGUUUGUAGACUACAACAGUCACAAGAAGGGAUAUUCGAAUACAUUCACAUGUGUGAAAAUAAAUAUGUAUGUUCAUGUGUGAACUGCAAUUCAUACCUACUAAAGAUAUUUUUCCAUUUUGGAAGCGUAAAAGUAAUCUCAAAUAAUGGACAAAUAAUAAUUAAUGUAAAUAGUUGUUGAAAUUUAGUUUAAUUAACUUUUUUUAUUUUCUAAAAUAUAUGUAUGUAUGUAUUUUUGUAUUAAUAUAUGUUUUACGAUGUACAUGGAUGUGUAAGUUUAUAAUUAGUUUAACUUUUAUAUUGUAACUGUAAUUAUUUUCGAAACUUGAUAAUUUAGUUUACAUAAUCGCACUAUUUUUUUAAUAAUAUUUUUUGUACGUUUGUGUGUGUAAACAAAAGCUGUCAAUUGUUUAUUUAUUCGUAAAUUAAAUGCGUGAGUUUUUGUUGCUUUAAUAACGCUUUAAGGAGAAAUUAAACAAAAAUUGUUCAAAAAAGUUUGAAGCUAAAACUGUAAAUGAAAUUAAAAGUUAUAUUAUAGCUAAGAUUUAAUUGUAUGACGAUUAUUUAUGUGAAAUGUAUGCAGCAUGCUGAUCGAAAUUUAGCGGAACCCGAGGUUUUGUGAGCAGAUAUUUUUAACAGGGGUUCGAAUAAAUUUUUUACAAACAUA